AUGUCUGAUGAUGGUCCCCUUCAUCACUUUCUUGCCAUUACCGUUCAUCGUGACGCUAUUGGUCUAUUGCUCCAUCAAGAUAACUAUGCAGCUGAUCAACUUCAUCGUGUACACUUGACUGAUUUUAACCCGUGUUUAACUCCGGUUAAUAUGAAACAAAUGCUUUCUCCUAAUGGAAGUCCGCCGGUUUAUGAUCCUACAUUAUACCGCAGUCUCGCAGGAGCCCUCCAAUACUUGCCGUUCACUCAACCCGACAUCUCCUACGCUGUCCAACGGAUUUGUCUCUUCAUGCAUGAUCGCCGGGAAUCUCACUUUCAAGCUCUUAAACGGAUUCUCCACUACAUUAAAGGUACAAAAUCCCAUGGCAUUCGUAUGACCAAAUCUUCCUCACUCUCACUUAUGGCGUACUCCGCCGACUGGGCCGGUUGCCUUGCUGUUCGUCGUUCCACUUCUAGCUACAGCGUGUUUCUCGAGCGUGUGGCCAAGCGUAAAGCUCCACCACCUAAGCUUUUGCCACCACAGAAACUUCAGGAGGAAGCUGCCAAGGAGGCAGCUCGGCUGGAGAACGAGGUUAAGGAGGCUGUAAAGGAGAUUGGGUUUGAGAUUCUUAGGAGUGGAUGUAUUGAUUACAGGGGUUUGAACCGGGUCACUGUGAAGAACAAGUACCCUCUUACGAGGAUCGAUGAGUUGUUGGAUCAGUUGAAGGGUGCUAUUUGGUUCUCCAAGGUAGAUAUGGCGUCGGGUUAUCAUCAGAUACCGAUAGAUGAGGCAGAUGUGAGGAAGAAUGCAUUCAGGAUGAGGUAUGGGCAUUACGAGUUUGUGGUGAUGCCUUUCGGGCUGACUAACGCACCAGCAGCGUUUAUAAGGUUGAUGAACAAUGUGUUUCAGGAGUUCCUGGAUGUAUCUGUUAUCAUUUUCAUCGACGAUAUCCUGGUUUAUUCUAAGAGUCCUGAGGAGCAUGCAGUGCAUUUGAGGGCAGUUCUGGAGAAGCUGCGGGAGCAGAAGUUGUUUGCUAAGUUGAGCAAGUGCAGU